UGCGGCUCUGUUUCUCCAACCUCUUCUCGCCAUCUGAUCGCCCUCUUUCUGCGCUAAGUGGCUGAGCGAUUUAACGGAGCAAACGCUCGCGACUAUCCCAGAAACCACACACCUCUUUACCCCAUGGAUAAUCGUGCAUCGCCAAACCACAGGAUCCGCUAACUCAAUCUAUUUAUUAUUCUCCCCAACACGGACUGAUGGAUGGAGUCUGCGGAGACGGAAACUCUUGUCAACGGCGAUACCUCGUCACCCCGCAAUAAGGACCAGCCUCUGGCCGCCGCUGCCGCCGCCACCCCUACAACACAUGAAGAGGCCGUGAACACUUCGGAUCACACUGCCGCGUCAUCAGUCACACUUGCAGAUGCAGCUCCUCAUGUAAUACCGCCAUACUUCAAUGGCCUCCGCCUUGAGCGGACUGACUCAGCUACGCCGGCUAUAGCCCACGGUAUAGAUCUCGUCGAUCAAUCAGAUGAAGACCAUGAAAUUGGACGGGUGUGCUGGGCAAGUGAUGUGUCCGUGGACGAUUACGUGGUCGUCAGCGGCCCUACAGGGAUAGGUGCCUAUGUCGUGUGGAACUUUACCAUUGAAACAUUCAAGGGUGGCAGCAUCACCCUACGCAAAAGAUACUCGGAGUUCGACACACUCAGACAGAAUCUUGUGAGGGCUUUCCCCCUUUCUGAAGCAUCUAUCCCAGAGCUGCCUCGGAAAAGUCUUGUCUCACGAUUUCGAACAAAGUUUCUCGAGCAAAGGAAGGCUGGUCUUGGUCACUUCCUUACGUACGAGUCCUAUCAGACACCGUGUUUCAGACGCUGACUUGUAUCAUAGAUGCAUUCUUCUCAAUCCACAAUUCUCAAGAUCACCAAUAGUCACGGAGUUUAUCAACGCCUGAGGCCAACCAACAUUGUACAUAUAC